CCUUGGGCUAUGACAGCAGAAUGAUGCCCUAUGGUGGAGAUGGCUCAGAGGUGACCGAGGCUGAGUGUUGGGCAGAAUACCAUGAAAACAGCGCCCAUGCCAAACCUCCUCAUUCCUACCUGGACGCCAUCAGGACCGGUCUGGAGUGUUCUGCCACGGCCGGCCCCUACCCUGUCUCUGUCCCCUGCCCCCAGCAACAGCUCUGUCCCUACGCUGCUGCAGGACAGUGUCACUACGUAAACACCUGUCCCUAUCUCCAUGGUGACCUGUGUGACAUUUGCAGGCUGCAGGUGCUCCACCCACACGACCCUGAGCAGAGGAGAGCUCACGAGAAGAUGUGUAUGUUGGUGUUUGAGGCGGACAUGGAGAAGGCGUUUGCAGCGCAGCACAGCCAGGACAAGGUGUGUUCCAUCUGUAUGGAGGUGGUUUAUGAGAAAGCUGCAGCCUCGGAGAGACGCUUCGGGAUCCUCUCUUCCUGCUGCCACACAUACUGCCUCUCCUGCAUCCGCCAGUGGCGCUGCGCCAAGCUGUUUGAGAACAAGAUCAUCAAGUCGUGUCCAGAGUGCAGAGUGGUGUCUGAGUUUGUCAUCCCCAGCGGUUACUGGGUGGAGGACCAGGAUGAGAAGAACAGACUGAUAGAGGACUUCAAGUCUGGAGUCAGUAAGAAGCCGUGUAAAUACUUUGACCAGGGUCGGGGAACCUGUCCGUUUGGAGGAACGUGUUUCUAUAUGCACGCUUACCCUGACGGAACGCGGGCCGAGCCGGACAAACCCCGCAAGCAGCUGGGCUCUGAGGGGAAUGUGAGGUUCCUGAACUCUGUGCGUCUGUGGGACUUCAUCGAGGAGCGGGAGCAGCGCGGCGUUGCCCAGCCGCAGGACGACGAGGUCAGCGAACUGAGAGAACUCUUCAUGCAGAUGUCUGGUCCAGGAAGGGAGGAGAGCAGCGGGGUGUCUGCCCAGCCCUGAGCCCUCAACCUGGGGCCCAAACUACACAGCCCAGCACUCUGACCAAUGGCUCAUCAAACUGCAAACAUACAUACAACACUGGAGAAUAACAUGUCCUCACUAGUAAGCGUUUCAUGUUGAUGGUUUGAGGCUUUUUUAAAUGAUGUUUUUUAAUCAUGGUACAUUUGGGUGGAAAAUAAGUAGUAUAUGUAAUGGUUCUGUAUUUUCUGAUCAUUUAGAUCAUUUAUCUCUGGAAGGCUUUUUAUGAGGAUGAACCAUGAGGUCAUAGAGAUCCACAACAUGACACAUUACUACAGUGGUGUUACAUGUAGACAUUUUAAAAAGAGAAACAAAAUCAAAUUAAUGCACAGAAGUCUGUUUGACUCACUUUUCAUGAAAUGAUGGCGUGUUAAUCUAGACCGUUACAUUGGUGUUGUACUGGUAGCUAGUUCCUUCUAGAGGAACGGUUUAGUGUUGAUGGAUUCUCACAUUCAGGUCUAUUAACUUGAUCCUUUAAUGGUAUAAAAUAUAAUGAUAAUGUUGACCUUAUCCCACAUCAUUCAUCUACAGUAAGAGAAUAAAGCAGCCUGUCAGUGUGUAGAGGCCCAGAGGACUGAGUUCCUACCAGUAGUCAGCUAUUGUUGAGUGAAGCUGUCUGGGGAGACUAAACUAUAGCAGGGAGUCUGUCUGGUGUUUAGAUAAUAUUAUUAUGGUGUUGUGUAUAUUCUAUGUUGGCUUCUACUGUGUUUAUCCACUUUCCCUUUGAAUUAUUUCAUUUUUUUAUUCAAUAGGAGUCCAUUCAUUGAAUAAAUCAACUGUUUAACAGUG